AUGGCUGCUAUCAAGAAGAUAAGAUCUGAGCCGACGACGCUGGGCGGUGCCGUCAACAUCGUCCCCAAUGGCCUGCGCCUGCUUGACAGGCUGGGGCUCCUCGAUGAGCUCAAAGCCCUGGCGUCAUCUGCGCAGGGUCUCCAGCUGCAUUCGUUGCGAGGAUCCGUUCUUGUGGAUAUCGACCUGGGCAAGUGGAGCCGCGACAAGAUCGGCUAUGGGUUCAUGCGCGUCCUGCGCACCGACCUUGUACAGCUGUUUAUGCGCCACACCAAGAAGCACGACAUCCCGGUCCAUUUCGGCAAGAACAUGAUGAGCAUCACUGAGACCAACACCGAGGUCUCGGUGGCGUUCUCGGACGGCACUACAGACACGGCCGAUCUAGUGCUGGGAUGCGACGGCAUCCACUCAGCCGUCCGCACGCUCCAUGUAAACCCGGCGGCAGUGCCAGAGUACUCGGGCAUCGCCAACAUGUUCACCAUUCUUCCCACGUCCCGUCUGAGCGAGAAGAACUGUACUAUUGCUCCGGCCCUCCACGCCACUCUGACGCACACGGGUAUGUUCGGCGUGAUGCCCUGCACAGCAAGCGGCGACCAGCUGUACUGGUUCUACUCGCGCGAGGUCCAGGUCCCGGAAGGCGGGAACAAGGAGGGCUGGCAGGUGUUCGGCGACAAAGAGAUCCAGAGCUUCAAGGACAAUCUGCUAGGGCUCGUCAACGAGGCCCAGAGUGACUGGGCGGAUCAGCUCGGCGAGAUCAUCCAGAAGACCGACACCAUCAAGUUCUACCCCAUCUACAAGAUGCCCGCGAUGGGGACUUGGGGUACAGCGCGCUGUCUGCUCCUGGGCGAUGCCGCGCAUGCGAUGCCCCCACACGCUGGACAAGGCACAUCGAUGGCGCUGGAGGACGUCUUCCUCCUGUCGCGGUUACUGGAAGGCACCGAGCACAGCGUCACAGAAGUGAUCAAGGAGUACGAGGUCGUUCGCCGACCUCGAGUUGAGGCAAUCGCAACGACUUCAGUCGAGAACGGACAAAUGAGGAAGAACACAAGUCCCUGGGCUCUGGCGAUGAAGGAGAAUGCCAUCGGGUUCGGUUUCUGGAUGUACAAAAUGACGGGGUUGCAGAGUUUGGGGGUCGGAAUGAGUCAGAAAGAGCACAUCUACGAUGUCAUGGAUGAGCCCAUCUGGUCGAAGCGUAGUGUGUAGGGGUGAGAUAUAGUAGGUGGGUGGCUCAUGAACCACGAUACGGCCCCUCACAUUGGUUGAUCAAAAUGAAAAAGGGGGUCAAGUCUUAGUUGAUUUGUCAAUUUGCCUUUCAAGUGCGCUUAGCUUGUCCAAGGGAGGGAUAAUAUAGGGAAGGCCGGACAAAUUUAAGGGAAGGGGUUAGAGUUAAAGCGUCCAGGCGGCUAUGCAUUGUAUUGUAGCUGUGCGAGUAUUCACCCUUGCAGAGGAGGGGAGGGGUCAAACAUGAACUCGUCU